UGGACUUAUCAGAGAGCGUCAGCGUUACGUCCCACCACAGUAGUCGCUUCCAAAAUGUCAGGAGCCAUUACUUCAGGGACGUACCGCCAGGUUCCGUUGGUCGCAUUCGCAGGUCUCAAGGGUCGCCAUGCGACUUCGGUCCCAUCGGCGACUGUCCCCUGCCAUCCAGCGACGAAAUCGCUACUCCUUAGGUCGGAACCUCGAGCUCUUGGCUCGUUUACAGGAGCGGGCUGGGCCAUUAGGUCUAGACGACGAUCUCAGGAAGGAACAUCGUGCGGUCGAGAUUUGAGAAGCGGAUUCCGAAAUAUCCGCUGCCUUGUAGAGGCCAUCGCGGAGCAACAGAAGCCGUCCGAUGUAAAUCCACCACGCGCCGCCAGGUCUUGCGAUUCAGCGGGAGUUUCUAGGCGACGAGCCUUCCUCACGGGCGCAGCAGCGCUGGCAGCAGUCGCUGCAGGAACUGAGCCGUGGGGGACUGGAAGCCUCACGGAAUCUGGAGCCGCUCAUGCAGCGGUUCUGCCUCGGGGAGUGGGCGAAGGGCCCCUAUUGGCCGCUGUGAGCGACGAUGAUGAUGACACCGUUGUCAAACUGUUUGAGGAUGCAACAGCUUCAGUGGUGGCGAUUAUGAAUGUGGAGGUGAAUGGCGGCAGCAGGGGGAAAGGAGGAGCGGCUGAGGAGGCUGUGGAAGGAAUUGGCUCCGGAUUUGUCUGGGAUGAAUUUGGUCACAUUGUCACCAACUACCACGUGGUUGCCAAGCUGGCGACUGACACUUCUGGGCGCAAGCUUGCAGAGUGUCCCUUCUCACCCCCUC